CUUAAUAGCAUUGGUCUCAUCUCUCCUCUAUCAAGUUUUUGCUAACAUUGGUACUCCCCCCUCCCCCAAAACUCGAUCAACGAUGUAUCCUGAAGCCAAACGGACCUGCCCACCCUCUAAACAUUGCAUCCGGUAUGUGCUCCACGACGACGCGACUCCACGCAGAAAGAGCCACCGAACCAGCCCCAUUACCCCCAGGAAAAACACGCCCCAAGUCUUUCCGUACCUGCCGGUCUCCGAUGCUUCUCCUCACGCCCCUUUCUCCAUAACGUCUGAUUCUCUUGUCACGUCCUCUCCUUUCACGUCCUCUCCUUUCACCCAAUCUCCUUUGCAACACACACUCCCUAUCACGUCACAUGCUUCUCCUUUUGACCUCCCCGAAAUAGUUGCAAAGAUUGUGGGCUAUGCGGACCACAUCCCCGGCUCGUUGUACUCGUGCUUGCAGGUGAAUCGCUUGUGGUACCGCGCGGCGCGGGAGUGCUUGGAUACGCGCAUCCUCUUUCGCAACGACGCAAAGUUUGUGCAAUAUGUGCGGACAGCGAAACCAGUAGCACGGCCGUCGCACCUCGCGCUCAGCCAGCUCACGCGCGCGACCGCUGCGGCGGUCCAUGCCAUGGCUGCGAACGUCGAUGCCUCCCAGCUCCGCCACCUCGAGAUGUUCAUGUGUCCGAAGUUCACGCUCCCAGCGACUCUCUUAUCGACUGCCCUACAAUCUCUUGUUCUCCUGGGCUGCUCUCUCGUCGAUGACACGGCGUUGCACAACAUUGGUGCGCGGUGCCGCGACUUGCGCAAGCUCGACCUCCGCGCGUGUCACUUGGUCUCCGAUGCCGGUAUUAUCUCCAUCGCGCAGAACUGCCGCGACCUCCAAUUCAUCAACUUGGGCAGACACCGCGACGGCCAUCUUGUGACAGACGCGAGUGUGCGUCAUUUGGGCCGGAGUGGCCGCUUGCACACGCUCGGGCUUGCGGGCUGCGACGUGAGUGACGAGGGCCUCUGGGAGGUUACCACGCGGUCUGGCGCGACGCUCGAGCGUAUUGCCGUCAGUAACUGCCACAAUGUGACUGACCGUUCCGUUGGACGGCUCUUGCAGAUGGACCUGGCGCCGCGACUCUCGGUGCUCGAGAUCAAGCACUGUCGCAUGGCUAGUCUCCGCUGUGUGGUUGAGUUCAAACGCCGCCAGUUUGCGCGCGGUGUGUGCGUGCAGCUCACGCUUGACGACGCGCAGGCCGCACGUAUGGCGCACGCUGAGGUUGCGAUGGAUGUUGAGAUCUCGAAGGCCAUCUUCCGGGAUCUCCUAGAGUGGGCGAAUGACGAAAAUGAUGGAGAUGCAAAAUGGCAAGCCAUGAGAUGAACCAAGAGCUAUAAAUGGAAUGCGCUGCAUCUCGCCAAAGCAUGGAUAUUUAAAGCUGAUGGAUGAUCGAAACGGGUUUUACGAGUCCACCUAUCGGCAUGUGUUUCAAAUUCUGGCAAUCCCGUGUGGUUUGUUCGUAGCCUAAAUGUAACUAGUAUUGUAUAU